GCCAAAUUCUCAGUAGCAUUCAACAGCUAGCAAAGCCACCCAUCUCCACCCGUUCACUCCCCUGGAUUCAAGUAUCACUCCCAGCCAUGUCCUCCUCGCGCAUCACCACCUGCCUCCCCGCUUCAGGCAGCAACAUCCACAAGGCAGAACUCCCAGACAAUGCCUUGGUCCUUCCCCCCACUUCCCAGCUCCAGUCGCUUCUCACAAUCAUUCGUGAUGAACAAACUCAAAGGGGUGACUUUGUCUUUACUUCUGACAGGAUCAUUAGAUUGCUUGUUGAGGAAGGCUUGAACCACCUCCCCGUCAUUCCCAAGAAGGUUGUUACCCCCGUCGGCAAAGAGUUUGAAGGUGUCGCUUUCCAAGGCAGAAUCUGUGGUGUUUCUAUCAUGCGAGCUGGAGAGGCUAUGGAGGCUGGUCUUCGUGAUUGCUGUCGUUCUGUCCGAAUCGGCAAGAUUCUGAUUCAGCGGGACGAAGAGACCACUCUUCCCAAGCUCUUCUACGCUAAAUUGCCCGAUGACAUUGCCCAACGAUACGUUCUCCUCCUAGACCCCAUGCUUGCCACAGGUGGAUCUUGCAUCAAGGCGAUCGAAGUCCUUUUGGACCACGGCGUGCAAGAGGAAAAGAUUCUCUUCCUCAACUUGGUAAGUUCUUUUCAGCGCUAUCCUACGAGUCCCACUCUCCCGAAGGAAGUGGAAUGGCGCUGCCCUUCGGCAAUGGUGCUGAUGUAGAAACAGAUUGCUUCCCCCGAGGGUAUCAAGAAGGUCUGCACUCGAUUCCCCAAACUCACCAUCAUCACCGCCUGGGUCGAUGAGGGACUCGACAGCAACUCUUACAUUGUCCCUGGUCUCGGAGACUUUGGAGACAGGUACUUCUUGUAAUGUAAUCCUUUACAUAUAUUUUGGCCCUGGCUGCAUGUCAUUCUUCUUGCAAUCAUGGAAGCAUGCAUAUGGUUCUCUAUGCUUCAACCUGGGAAUGUGGGCAAUGUGGCGGUUCGGUGGGCAAGGGCUCGGGAUCAAUUAUUUUGCCACACGAAAUACCUCCGUAUCCCCGCGUCCCUUACGAGGCCCACUGAAAAACAGUCAGCUGUCAGAUUUUUUCUUGUCUCGCAACCCAUCU